AUGAAGUACUCAAAGAACCGCCUAACAGAGAAGGGAGGUGAAGGAGCUGGUCCUUCUACACAUACAGGUGGGUCCAUAACACAUGAGGAGCAUGCUAGACGCAUACAAAAUGCUAACACAGACAAAGUUCCUCCAACAGCAGCUGAGUUGUUUCUCCACACCCAUACAAAGAAGAGUGAUCGCAACAAAUUUGUUGAUAAACGAGCUGAAAUUGUUUAUGAAAAUUAUUUGAAGCUAAAAGAACAACAUUCAAGCCAGAAUGUGGGAUCAGAUCCUGUGGAAGGAGAUGGAGGAACUAUUAAUGAGGAUCAAUUGUUCAUUACUGCAGCAGGAGGAUGGCAAGGAAGUCGAGUUUAUGGUUUAGGUAGUGCUGCCUCUUCUGCCUUCUCUCAAACAGGAACUGUGGGAAAAACAACAAAUGUUCCAUCAUCCCAAUCACCAGAAUGGAAGAAGGAAAUUGAAGCAAAGUUUGAAGAGAAAUAUAAUAGUUUGCAGAAACUUGUACUAGACCAAAAUCAGAUAAUAGCUCAAAUGCGUGAUGAACUACAGGCAAGGAGGAUGGGACAGCAGUCUUCCUCAUUGAUGCCAUCAACAUCUGAUAUGCCUCCAGCUCAAAGAUCCCCUGGUGAUUCACAUAUAGAUUAG